UAGGUAGACCAAAUUCCAUCUGCCUCCGUAAUAUAUAGUCUAUUCACUUCUUCACUCUCUCGAGAGGAGAAGAAAAAGAGUUACUUUCGACCGUCGAUCAGGAAUGGAACUCUUACAGACGGUCAGGAUCGAGAUCUUGGGCAUCGCGGUUGCCGUCGUUGCUAUCGGCGCCGGAGCUGCUUAUUUCUAUCUCAAUAAGAAGCAGAAGGGUUGCUUGGACCCCGAGAACUUCAAGGGUUUCAAACUUGUCGAACGCGUGCAGCUCAGCCACAAUGUUGCUAAGUUCCGGUUUGCUCUUCCUACACCCACGUCAGUGUUGGGUCUUCCAAUUGGGCAACAUAUAAGUUGCAGGGGAAAGGAUAGUGUUGGCGAUGAGGUUAUUAAACCUUAUACACCAACUACAUUAGAUUCAGAUGUCGGAUACUUUGAACUAGUCAUAAAGAUGUAUCCACAAGGAAGAAUGUCCCACCAUUUCCGUGAGAUGCGUGUCGGUGAUUACAUGUCUGUAAGGGGGCCAAAGGGGCGUUUCAAAUAUCAACCUGGCCAAGUUAGAGCAUUUGGGAUGCUUGCCGGAGGAUCUGGCAUUACUCCAAUGUUUCAAGUUGCUAGAGCCAUAUUGGAGAAUCCAAAAGACAGCACCAAUGUACAUCUGAUUUAUGCCAAUGUCACAUUUGAAGAUAUUCUUCUGAAGGAGGAGCUGGAUGGCCUUGCUAGUAACUAUCCCAAUCGCUUCAAAAUAUACUAUGUUCUGAAUCAGCCUCCUGAAGUUUGGGACGGAGGGGUCGGGUUCGUGUCAAAGGAGAUGAUUCAAGCUCACUGCCCAGCACCAGCACCCGACAUCCAGAUUUUGAGGUGUGGCCCACCUCCAAUGAACAAGGCCAUGGCAGCCCACCUUGAAGCACUGGGAUAUGCUGCGGAGAUGCAGUUCCAGUUCUGAUUCUUAUCUCUUCUUUUCAAGAGACUUGUGUUUGAAUUUUGUAGCGGGUUUUAGCUCUUUGGAUGCUCGUGUCAUAAAUUUUCUCAUGCAUGAUCUUGAGACUGUGAAAACGUAUUUUGGCUCAAAAUUUUACAGUAGCUAAUUGGAACCCCAAA